GCUGUGCAGAAGAGCUCCACCUGGGUUCGGGGAGGAGCUCCGCUCCGCUUCGCAAAGCUCCAGGGCGUGGCCGGGACACUGACGGCUAGCUACAAGUCCUCCUACGCUUGCACGGCCGAGCUGGUGAGUGCAGAGGACGCGAGUCUCGCCCGCCCGCGCUUCUACACCAGGCGAGAGUUUGCCCGCUUGAUGGGCUUCCCUGAUAAGGAGCCAUGCCUUCGCAAACCCGCACAGCGAGAACCGCGCGUACCAUCAGCUUGGCAACGCGGUGUGCCCGCCUGUCAUCACGGCCAUAGCCCGAAAUCUGAUCCUGGCGCUGGGAAUAGUUGA